CGGAGAAAGCGGAAGAGGAAGAAUUUCAAGAGGAACAAGCAAAUGAAGAUGGAGCUUAUAAUACAGAAGAAAAAAUACAAGAGGAAUCAAAGAAUACAAAUUCGGAGCUUAAUCCUCAUGAAGAAAUUAAAGAUGACAUAAAAGAACAAGUGGAUGAUAAAUCAAGCAAAAAAGAAGAACCAAAAUUAACAGAAGUUGAAUUAGAUUCAAAACAUGAUGACUGGUAA